AUGUCCACGCUAGGCAACACCUACGUGGCCUGCUGCCUCCAUAUGCUCCAGGACCCGGCCUGUCCGCUCGUGGUUCCCGAUCCUGCUGACUUUGUCCUGGUGCUCGAUACCCUUGAUCUCUCCCUGGCCAACCUCGCCUUGCUGAUUGUGCUUUUGGCUAGGUACAAGGAGAACCUGGUGAACACCUUGCUGCUUGGCGACACCUCCGCCGUGGCAACCGCCUACUACGCUAUGAUUGCCUCCCUCGUGUUGGCCAACAAGUACAUGAACGACCAGAGCUACACCUUGAAGACAUGGCACUCCAUCUUGGGCAAGUGCUCCCGCCUUGCGCCCUCGCUACCGUUUUUGAACCAGCUAGAAAGCCAUUUCUUGAGCGCCCUCAACUUCCUGCUACGCUCGCAAGUUGAAGAGAACUACCCUGUUCCGCUCCCGCCGGUGCCGGCAGUGGCUCCAGUGGCUUCUGCUGCUGCUGCUGCUCCUCCUCCAACGGUGAUGCCCACUCCGCCUACGUUCCCUUUUGCUCCUGUGGUGAUGGCUCCCGUGGUGCUGCCCGCCUACUGCUUAGGGCAGCCUCAUAUGCAUUGCACACCUGUGCCCACUCCGCCAACUGUGCCCCCAGCGAUGCCCCGGGGCUACUCCCAGGCGUUUGAAGAGUACAUGCCCAUGACACCUAUGCUGGUGGGCCGCAAACGCCGGAAGGUGGACGAGUGCCUUGUGCGCCAGCCCUGGACCGGCAAACACUACUGA